AUGAGAAUUAAGAAGAAGAAUACUAGUGGUAACGCAAAGAACUUUGUUACCAGAUCUCAGGCUGUUAGAAAGUUGCAAGUUUCUCUAGCUGAUUUCAGAAGGUUAUGUAUCUUUAAAGGUAUCUAUCCAAGAGAACCUCGUAACAAAAAGAAGGCUAAUAAAGGUUCUACUGCACCAACUACAUUUUACUAUGCAAAAGAUAUUCAAUAUCUAAUGCAUGAACCUGUAUUGAAUAAAUUCAGAGAACAUAAAACUUUUGCAAAGAAGUUAACUAGAGCUUUAGGUAGAGGUGAAGUUUCUUCUGCUAAGAAAUUGGAUGAAAAUAGAACUUCUUAUAAAUUAGAUCAUAUUAUCAAAGAACGUUAUCCAAGUUUUCCUGAUGCUGUUAGAGAUAUUGAUGAUGCUUUGAACAUGUUGUUCUUAUUUGCAAACUUGCCAGCUACUGAUCAAGUCUCUUCGAAAAUAACUAAAGAUGCAAAUGAAAUUUGUAAUCAAUGGUUAGCCUAUGUAGCAAGAGAACGUUUAGUUCGUAAAGUUUUCGUUUCUAUUAAAGGUGUUUACUAUCAAGCAAGCAUCAGAGGUGAAGAUGUUAGGUGGUUAGUUCCUUUCAAAUUUCCUGAAAAUAUCCCAAGCGACAUCGAUUUUAGAAUCAUGUUAACAUUUUUGGAAUUUUACUCUACUUUGUUGCAUUUCGUUUUAUACAAAUUGUACACAGAUAGCGAUUUGGUAUACCCACCAAAGGUUGAUAUCGCUAAGAAUAAGAUAAUAAGUGGGUUGUCAUCUUAUAUUUUGGAAUCUGAAACCGAAGAAAAUGUCUUAACAGCAACUAAGUUAUCAGAACCUACUGGUGAAACUUCAAACAUUGAUUCUGAAACUUUGAAAUUGGCUAUGAAGGCUGAUGAAAAUGUUGAUGAUACAAAUCCAGAAGAUGAACAAACUGAAAAUGUCGAAACCGUUGAAUUAGAUGCUUUCCAAGAUAACAACAAAAACAAAGGUGAUAUCUUGGCUCAACCAAGUCAAUAUGAAUCUCCAGUUUCUACUUUGUUCUCAGAUUUCGUAUUUUAUGUUGGUAGGGAAGUUCCAAUUGAUAUUCUAGAGUUCUUAAUUCUAUCUUGUGGUGGCUCUGUUAUAAGUGAAGCCGCUCUAGAUAAAUUAGAAACAAAAGACAUCGAUUUCUCAAAAGUUACACAUCAAAUUGUUGAUAGACCUGUUUUGAAAAAUAAAGUUGCAGGUAGAACAUAUAUUCAACCACAAUGGAUUUUUGACUGUUUGAAUAAAGCUAAAUUAGUCCCAGCUAACUUGUACUUACCUGGUGAAACUUUACCACCUCACUUGAGUCCAUGGGGUGACGCUAGUGGUUAUGAUCCAAAUGUCUCUGAUGCUGAAGAAGAAGGUGAAGAUGAUGAAGAUGAGGAUUCUGAAGAAGGCUCUGGUGCAGAAGUUGAAGAGAAUGUUGAUGAAGAUGAAGACGAUGAAGAAUUGAGAGCCCAAAAGGAAUUGGAAUUAGAAGCUCAAGGUGUAAAAUACUCCGAUAUAAAGGAUACUGAAGUCAAGUCAAAGAACAAGAAGAGAAAGGCAGCUUCUACUGAAGCAGAAGAAGAAAAGGACUUGAAGAUGAUCAUGAUGAGUAACAAGCAACGUAAGCUGUACAAAAAGAUGAAAUAUUCUAAUGCAAAGAAGGAAGAAAAGGUUGAAAACCUAAAGAAGAAGAAGAAGCAAAUAUCAAAGACAAAGGAAAAAUUAACAAAACUAGAAGGCAAGAAAUAA